AUGAAAGAGAUAUCCGUCACUGAGGAUAAGAUCAACAACAAGCAAAUAUCCAUAGAGGGUAAAAAGAAAAAAAUCGAGUCAGAUGCAGAGACGUUAAAGCGCAAGAACAAGUUAGAAAAAGAGGUGUCAAUGCUGAAGAAACAGUUAGUAAUAGAGACGUCAAUGCGCAAGAAACAGUUGGAAAUAGAGACGUCAAAGGAAAAGAAAAUGGAACGGGUUAGGAACUCGGAAACUCAGUUGAAGGAGAAAUUAGAAGGAAAAAAGGCAAUAAUUGAAGUUGAAUGCCAAAAGAAAGAUCACAUGACAGAGCAGAAGGCCCAUCAGUAUGCUACCACUGAUACUCUUCCGGAUUCAAACAAGUGUUUUCCAAAGAAUGCAAACAAGUGUUUUGGUUGUUCUUCUUCUACUUUAGAUGACUAG